AUGGCGACUUGGAUAACGUUACAGCCUCCAAUUUCAUGUUAUUUACGGCUCGUGCCAUCAUCAUCGUCACGAUCAUCGCCGUCGCCGGAUCUUAGCUCGUCGCGUCGACGUCACCGUUGUCUUUUAAAGCCGUUUCGAUGCGUUCCAUUUCAGCAACAAGAGCUCCAGCUCGAGGAGUCGCAGGGAGACGACGAGGCGGUGAUUUUGUGUGAGGAUUGUAACGGGAGAGGAUGGUUGCUCUGCGAUUUCUGUAAAGGGCAGAAAACAAAUGUGAAAUCUGAGAACAAGAGAAUCUAUCGCCGAUGCCCGACUUGUAGAGCUGUGGGAUAUGUGUUGUGUAAAAAGUGUAAAGUGUUCAAAUGUGUCACAUUUCCUAAUUCAGAAGACGGUGAAGAGCUUUUGUUCUAA